CUCCCAACGGGCCAAUAUUCAACCUUCACUUGAGUCGGCCGACCCACUCCCUUUUGAAGUUGCGACGAUACCGGGUAAAGGUUUAGGAGCCGUCGCAAGAAGGCACAUCCGCUCGGGAGAUGUCGUCUUGAGGGAACACCCUGUCAUUCUGCAAUUGGCGCAAGUAUCUGAGUCGAUUAGCCGGAUGCAGGCUCUUUGGGUGCUGGAGGAGGGCUUUAUUCGGCUGCCGAUAGAGGAUCAGCAAAGAGUAUUUGAUCUUUCUCGAAGCACCGGGGGCCAUAUUCUGGAAGAUAUCAUCCGAACAAAUACGUUUGGCGGAAUUUUCAACAACGUUGCCCACUUUGGACUGUUCCCAGACGUUGCGAGAAUCAACCAUGCUUGUAAACCCAAUGCAAUCACCCGCUUCUCGCCCCGGACUUUGGAGUUAGAAGUCGUGGCGUACAAAGACAUCCUGCCGGGCGAUGAACUAAGCAUCAGUUAUUCGAUGCUAAACAUGCUUUACCAAGACCGGCAAGAUGCCCUCCAGGAAUGGGGGUUCAAUUGCACUUGCGCGCUCUGUAGCUCUCCUCCCGAAGUGCUGGCCAUCUCAGAUACCUAUCGCAGACGGCUGCAGGAGAUCUUCUCGGAGCUCGAGGACCCGGUCCUCGCCAGCUCGCCGUCUCUGGUGGCUGAACUUGUUGACGAGCUUGAAUAUAUCAUGUUAAAAGAAGGGUUGACAGCGCAGGCGGGCGAGUUCUAUGGUAUAGUUGCUGGGGUGUACCACAACAUGGGGGAGAUGGGAAUAAGUAAGAAGUACGCAGAGUUGGCGGUGGAGAAGCUGGUGCAGUUUGCGGGAUACGACGACGAGAGGACGGUGAGGGCAAGGGAAGUUCUUUUGGAGUUUGGGGGGACGUAA